AUGGUGCUGCUGAGUGCUUCGGUGUGCGGGCUCAGGAAGCUCCUUAGGAUAUGUGAGGCUUACGCAGCAAGUCACGGCCUUAAAUACAAUGUUCGGAAAAGUGAAGUCAUGAUCUUUGGGGCCAAGGGUAGUGAUGUAUCUGUGCCUCCCAUUUACUUGGAAGGUGCACCUCUAAAUAGAGUGUCACAAUUUAAAUACCUUGGUCACAUAUUGACACCUGACCUUAAGGAUGAUGUUGAUGUGGAUAGGGAGCGAAGAGCGUUGUCGGUCAGAGCAAACAUGAUCGCCCGCAGGUUUGCCCGAUGCUCGGGUGAUGUUAAGAAAACUCUGUUCAGAGCAUUCUGUACAUCAUUUUAUACGAGCUCACUGUGGGCGAAUUAUACAAAAAAAUCGUACAACGCUUUUCGAAUCCAAUUUAAUAACGCAUUCAGGGUGUUGAUGAGGCUGCCUCGAUUUUGCAGCGCAUCAGGCAUGUUCGCGGCGGCGCGAGUCGACUGUUUUUUCGCGAAUAUGCGAAAGCGGUGCGCCAGCUUGGUGCGGCGCAUCCGAGGCAGCACCAAUGGCAUCCUGGCCAUGAUAGCGGGCCGGCCGGACUGUGACUACAUCAACCACUGCUGUGGUCUGCUUGUAGUCACGGACAAUUUGUUCAAGCCCAAUUAA